GGAGGAGGAUUGGGUGAAACUGGAGCGGAGGGAGAGGAGAAACCGUCCCCAGUCAAAAGUAUGCGAGGCUCGUCCUUCCAGACCCUACGUCAGCCCGGAGUCCCGGACUCCUUAACAGACUCCCUGCCCGGGUCCGAACGCAGACAGAGGUGCGAGGAGAAGACGAGGACGAGGAUGUAGCGCACAUGUAGGAAGCGUCGCGUUGUGCGUUUACAAACCGGGAGUAAUUCUGGAUUCAAUGCAUUUGCAGUUCCUCUCCAGUGAUGAGUUGGCUCCUGUUGUGGAUUUUAACAGCAGCCGGGAUUCAACAGGCCUACUCCCAGAAUUCCACUGCCACACCACCUGCUACAGCCAUUCCAUCCCCAGCUGUGGAAUCAUACAACCGGACACAGUACUGCAAAUGGCCCUGCAAGUGUCCCAAGAUCACCCCCACUUGUCUGCCAGGUGUGAGCCUCCUGACGGAUGGCUGUGAUUGCUGCAAGACCUGUGCCCGGCAGGUGGGAGAGGUGUGCAAUGAGGCAGAUACAUGCGACUACCACAAGGGGCUGUACUGUGACUUCAGCUCGGAUAAGCCUAGGUACGAAAAAGGAGUGUGUGCAUAUAUGGUGGGAACAGGCUGCGAGCAUGAUGGUGUGAUCUACCGUAAUGGGCAGAGCUUCAAGCCAAGCUGUAAAUACCAGUGUGUGUGUGUAAACGGUGCCAUUGGCUGUGUGGCGCUGUGCACAGAGUCCCAGCCUCCCCGAGUGUGGUGCCAGACCCCACGCCGGGUCAAAGUCCGGGGACAAUGCUGUGAGCAGUGGAUCUGUGAUGAACCUAAGAGAGGGCGCAAGACGGCCCCACGCCACGCAGUAGAGGUUUUCCCAGCUGAGACCAGGAGCUGGCACAAGAACUGCAUUACCCAGACUACCUCAUGGAGCCCAUGCUCAAAGACCUGCGGCCGCGGCCUGUCCAUGAGGAUCUCUAACGCCAAUGAGCAAUGUGAGCUGGUCAAAGAAUCCCGCCUCUGCAACCUGCGGCCCUGUGAGGUCGACAUCACCAAACACAUCAAGCCAGGAAAGAUAUGUUUAAACAUCUACAGGGAAGAUCAGCCCUCCAACUUCACCAUCUCUGGCUGCACCAGCAAGAAGCAGUACAGGCCCAAAUACUGCGGUGUCUGCACAGACGAGCGUUGCUGUAUCCCCUACAAGUCCAAGACCAUCAACGUAGAGUUUGAGUGUCCUAAUGGGUCAGGAUUCACCUGGAAGAUGAUGUGGGUCCAGGCAUGUUUCUGCAACCUCAGCUGCAAAAACCCCAAUGACAUCUUUGCUGAGUUGGAGAAUUACUAUGGUUACCCAGAAGUGAUGAACUAAAGAAGUAACAGAAGUAUCAGUCACGCCCUCAGCCUGAAGGAGCAUCUUGACUUAUUUCUUUCUCUUAUGUAGUGUUUUGCAUUUGUAAUGUGUAUGAUUAUGUAAUAGAAUUUUCAUAUGAACUUUUUCCUAUUGGAAAAAUCUGUAAAUAUAAAAUAUGUGUAUCCAGAAUGGAUUCAUAAAGCAUGGUGUGCUUUUCACAAAGUGCUUUACAAAUAUAUUCAACCAGUGAGUGUGAAAUAUUGAAGGCUUAAUUUAUUUAUGUAGCUUUUGGUAUAUAUAAUAACAUAAGUGAUGUUCUCGAGAUGCUUUUGAGUGAAAUAUUGUCUGUUUUAACUCGUCAACUUAGGUAAUACGACUUUAUUGUACUAUAGACAUUUUCCUUUGUGUUUCAGGAAAUUCUCUUACGUAAUAAAUGUUACUUACUUUUAAAACUUUUUUUUUUUUUACAAAUGACCCUGUGCUCAAAUAAAAAAAGACAAUCGGGGAAGAUCAGUUGCAAGGUUUUUAUUGUCAUUUUUAAAUAAAUACAAACUGUUAUGUCAUUUGACUGCCUUUCUAUAGCAUUAAAUGGCUGUGCAUCACAUCUUUACAAAGCCGUAUACGUGUUCUACAAAGCAAAAAUGUUGCUGUAGUGCAAGUAAGAAAAGGGAGUAGUAGGUGUCAGGUAAGUUCUAUGGCUAUGCUCAUGUUACCUGUGAGCCCAUCACUUCAUUUAUCCAAGAAGUCCACAACCACAUAGGAGCUUCACAUCCAAACAGUGACCAAUUCCAUGGCACAUCUUUGUUCCAUUGUGAUUGACUGAUUGAACUCAUCUUAAUGAAAAAGAUUUGGUCAGAAGCCAUGAUCCAUUAAUAAAGCAUACAGUGUAAAAGCUUUUGAUUUUCUGUUUCAGAGAGUAAUUACAAAGCUUACAUCUCAUGAGAACAUACUCAAAAUGAUCAUUUAAUUCUGGAAACGAUUCAUGACAGGUGUAUAACUUCAAGAAAAUAAAAAAAAAAACUUCAAGGAUAAUGUACAUUGACAAGAUGAAAAAACUAUCUGUUGUAUAUACAUGCUGUCUGUCCCUUAAUUUUCAAAAUUACAUUUGCAAUUUGUGAUGCAAACCACCAUCAAUUUUUAUUUAUUCAAGUGCCUCCCUGUUCUCUCUCUGCAUCUACAAAUCUGCUCCUACUUAAAAACAACAAUACUUCAGAAAUGGAAAAUAUAUAAUAAAUGAUCAAACAAUUAACAGCGAGAACAGAAAAAAGUACAUUUACAGUCAGGUAAAUCUGACAAAGCUGUGUCAAUAUGGUAAAAUGAGGAAAUGCAGAAGUGGAAAUGAAAAGAAUUUUUAAAUGUAUGUAAAAUGAUGAGAUAUAUGUGCACGCUGGUGUAUUGUAGCCACAGUUUUCUUUGACAUUCUCUGCUUUGGUAUCCCCAGAUGCUGCGCUGCCCCUAACUGCACACUCAGGAGCAUUUACUGUUCAGCUAUGUUCAUGUAAGUCCUUCAGAAUGGCAUUACAGGCAUACAUUUGACCCUUAACCUCCUACUCAAGAGAUGUAUUUUCAAAUUUGGGCAACUCAGCUGCACUAAAUACCCUGCAGGUGAGUGUCCAUUGUGCGUUUUUACAAAUCCAGGAAUGCUAUCUUUUUGUCCCUCUCCAUACUAGUCUGUAUGUGUGUUGAAAUGUGUGUGUGUCAGUUAAAGGCAGUGCAGCACAAAAUGAAGGGACCGUGAGGGGUUUGGGUGUCUGGAGAGUAGAGGGUCGCUUAGCAGGACACCUCGGCGGACUUUGGUGCGGGUUGGUCCACGUUGCUGCUGGCCGUGCCGUCCAUGGAGCU